CCCAAUCAGGACUGCACGUUUGCCUGCGCGGGGUUUCCCAGGUUGAGCCGGGAGGGCUUCUUUAAAUGGGCCCUUCCUCACCCGGCCUCUUUCUCGACCAGACCUUCGCGGAUGCGCUUCGGCAGGGAUUCGAAUCAGAAAAUUGGUGUGUAUUGGUCUGCGUUUAUCUUCCAAGUCAUGAAUUCAGAAGAAAUUAUUGAAUGCAUAGAAAACCUAUGGUAUCGUGUUAAAAAGAUGGUGAAUAAAAAAGAUAGUCAAGAUCUUUCCAAAGAAGAGGCAAGAAUUGUAGAAGAAGUCAGACAGGGGACUCUGGAGAUCUUACAAGAUGCUCUGAAGAAAAAAGACCGGGUGCUGAUGAAGGCACCUGAGAGAGUUGUCCUUCGGGGGGAAGAGAGGACGUCUUUCUGGAUGAAACGCCAUUCCAUCCUGACAGAAGAUAUAGUUCAAAGCCUGAUUGCAGAACUCAAGAAAGUCUACUUCAAGAAGGAUCAUGGAAGAAGUAAUACUGCAUAUGUGUUGCAUGGACCCGAAAGGAGAAGAACCAUCUACUUGUGUGACUUAUUCUGGAAGCGUUCAAAGUAUCUCACAAGACGUUCCCAGCCAGGUGUCCUCAUUCACGAAGUGGCUCACUUCCUGGGAGCUAAAGACUUCACCUAUGAAGAAAACACCCUCAUUGUUGGGUGCAAAGGCUGCCUGAUAAAGAACAGUCCAGCACACAGUUCGACUCCUUCUCGGGAGGACGACUGGGAGGGGGCCCUGAGGAAAGCCUUUCUGAAUGCCAACAACAUCGCGCACGAGUUUGAGCUGACCAUAAACCACAAAGGCAGCUAUGUGAAUGGCAGGUACUCCUGCUGUGGGGAGGUGAAGAGAUAUUCUGUGUGUGAGUCUUCUGUGCCUGACUACUUCCAUAUGUGUGAUGCUAGUGAAAGGUGGGAAACUGUGAUACUUUUGAAUGAAUUACAUCGAAAAUCAAGGGCCCUUGCGCCCAAGCUGAGACGAAUCAACAGAAUCGUUGAUGAAAUUGAUGAAUGUCUGAAGGAUGUUCACAUGGGUAUUUCCGUUGCAGUUGGUGGAGGAACAGGGGCUGCAGUGACAUACUUUCUAAGCGUUUCCCUGCCUCUUGCAACAGGUGGGCUCUCUGUUUUAUGGACAGUGCUGUUCCUCGUGGUGGGAUUAGGUUUAAUUGCUGUUGCCGAAUCUUCCCUUAAGGACCUCAGUAAAGAAGCAAAGCAGGAAGUAUAUGCCAUCUGCAAUGAAUACCAGCAUUUUCGGGAUAUCCAGAGAAUUAUAACUUUACUAAAUGGAACAAACUGCCACAGAGAUUUUCAAUCAAAUGUGUAUACUCAACUAGACAAGAUAAGGAGGAAAAAGAAUUGAGGAAGGAUGAAGAGGAGGAAAGUUUGUAUUUUUGAUUUAGCUCUCAAUGUGGCCUGGAAACAGUAGGCAAUUGCAAACUGCUCCUUUCCUUGUUAUCUUUAAGUCUCAAAUAAAAAAAUUCUUGUUUUCCAUA